UUUGUUGAGAGUGGUCCCCAUAAUUUAAUAGUAAGAAACCAUUCUUUUUGAGAAGGUUUUUCUGUAAAUUUAGGAUCUGCAUGGCUUCUUCCAGUGAUUAAAGCUAAAAUUAACUUUAUUUUUUUACUUGCUUACAAAAUAUGAGGAAGAUGAUUUGGUAGACUCUAACUAUUUAAUUAAUUAUAGAUAUGAAGUAUUUAAAAAUUACUACCAUGAACAAGAAUUUUUACUCAAGCACAAAACAUAGAUUGGGGCCAAAAAUAGCCUAAUGUAUAAGUUACUUAGAGCUUUAGAUUGCAGAUUCUUUAAAUGGCUCUAGGCUAAAAUGCAGAUGUUAUUUUUGGUCUCUUUAAAAAAAAAUAAGAAUAUUAUAUCUGUUGUUAUUCUAUUUCUUCCAUGGAAAGGAUCUACUGCUUUCCAGCUUAGAAGAAAAAAACUGCAGAAAAAGAAACAAAAAAAUCAGGCAGCACUUUUCCUAAACUAAUUUAACCCAAGACCAAAUUGUUCACCUUCUAUAGAUGAUUUUAAAUAAUAGCUUUGUUUGCUUACCAUUUUGUUUUGUUGUUGGGUUGUCAAUAGUGCAAAGCUUUGUCUUGAAAGCUCUUUAGGAGUGCUGGUUUAUUGAGGGAUCUAAAAACUUGGGUAUCCUCCUCAUCAUUUCUUUACAUGCACACACACCAUUAGGCAGUCCUGUGAUUACAGAGCCAUCUGCAGGAAAAUUAUCAAGUUGCAACAUAGUUAAUGAUUCUUUUACCAUGUUAUUUCAAGUGGCAGAUGAGAAGUGACAAACUGCAAUUCAUAUGGAGAAAGAAAUGGACAGCCAAGAGAUGUAGGAAUUACUUGGGAGAGCGGACCCCUUCCUUUAAUUUUUCAAAGAAAACUGCUUUGUCAUAGUGAGUUUGUGAUGAAAAGAAACAUGCAAUUUGCUUCAGGUUUUACGGAUUCUCAGUAAUUAUAGUUCUAUCUCAUUUGAAGGGGUGUCUAAUGAUAGUCUUUUAGAGGCUUUGUAUGAUCUGUUCAUAUUGCUAUCAGGAGGAUACUAUUUAUUUACCCCCAAAAGAGAUUUAUUUGCAUUCUCCUACAGAAGUUAUAGUUGUUUUUACACAUCCUCAUUAUACUCAAAUGGUUGUCAGAGGGGGAACUAAACAGUUUUCUUUGUUCCCUGUAUAUACAGUUUAUAUAGCUGAUUUGCCAUGGCUAUAGAGAUAGAUGUUUUCUAUUUUGUUAAUCAUUAAGCAUUUGUAAAACUCAAGUUAGAUUUGAGAUUUUUGUAAUAAGAAAUCUGAUGUUCUCUGAGACAGGUAAUGAGACAGACAUGAUUUGUGAACUCCAGCAUUGUUUUUACUCUGCUCUGAGAAGUAUAUGUUUAUAUGUAUGUUGAUGCUCCUAAUAUCCUACCAAUAUCCAAAUAAACUGUGUACCAGUGCUCGGACCAAUCUAUAAUACCAUCCAUUAUAAGUCUGAUUAUUAUUUGAUUUGGCUGAGAUUUAGGUACUCAAAAUUAAGGCAUAAUUGAAACGAUUUUUUCAGAGUAUCACCUGAAAUAUAAAAAUCACAAAAUAAAGUCAUUGAUUUUUAAGAUUUUUAUAUAGUGGAAAGACAGUAUUUGGAAGCCUCUUUACUGAGUGAUAGGAAUCAACAAAAUUAGAGUGACAUUGUUGAAUUAGAAGAUGCAUUAUAUGAUUUCAGAUUAAUAGCAUUAUUAUCUUUAAAUAAUAUGCAUUGAAUGUUAAUGGAUUGGUUUAAGAGAGAUGCAUUAUUUUGCUAGAGUUUUAUAUUCUUGCUUUCUCUUUUGCAAAAGUAAAUUUUGUAAUUUGUGAGGGUUUUAGAAAAAGACCAGAAGCAACUUCCUGAACACUUAGGAGUGGUUUUUUAGUAACAAAGCAGCACGUACUAGAAAAAUCUACAAUAUAAUAUUCAGAAAUAAAACCUGGAAUUUUUGUGUCUGAUUUAGUUAGCCAGGCUAACUGAAAUACUGUAUAUUUAGUAGGAGACCACAUUCAUUCACAGGUCAUCUGUCUACAAGCUAAAUAAGGAAGAGGAGGCAUUGGGGAAGGGUCUUUUGCUCUGAAUCUGCCCACUUGUAGAUUCCCUCACUUAUUUUCCCUCUUAAACCUAUCCUCACUCCCACUUCCCUUGCAUAAUUUAUUAGCUAUUUACUGAGUUUCAUGCUUAGGAAAAUACAGAGUUCAUUUGUGGAAUUAUUCACAUGUAAACUUUGUUUGGCUCCAUUUAUCACUCUGAAAGUCUUAUUUUCCAGGAAUUGAUUCACUUAGAAAUAAUGUUGAAACUUUUCAAGAGGAAUCUUCUGAACGGGGUUUAGAUUUACUUUUCUAGGCAGUUAGAUACUCUAGCCUUUUGGGACACCAGAAUGUUGCCUCCUUGUUGUAGAAAAAUGUACAAUAAGAUAAACCAUUAACUGACCUUUAUUACUAAUUAAUUCAAGAUGUGUAAUUCAGAAUUUUCUUUUGAAAACUUUUUAGAAUUUUAGAUCAUUCUUGAAACAUUCUUAAGAAUAGUUUAAAAAACGGGGAAGAGAGCUAUAGUGAUCCAAAUAGGGAUAAGAAGAGCUAACAAAAUAGAUUAAAAUAUAAUACUGUAUAGGUAAUUCCAUGAAAUUUUGCAUAGCUCUCCAAGGAAAAGUUGUCUGUUUCUGAACCAAUAGAAAAAUAAGAAGGAAAAAGGAAAUUUUUGCAUGUGGGAUUGGGAUUUAAACAGAAGUUGCCAGAUAGUCCCUACCUAGUAGACUUUUUGAAAACAUCAUUUCCUAAAUCUAAAUCUUCAGUAAAGAAGUAAAAUCACUUAGGCAAAAUACAUUAUAGCUUUUUCUUAUCUGGUUUAGGUCUGUGCUUGAUGGCCGUUGGGAAGGCAAUAAACAUUACAUCCUGAACUAUUGAAGGAAGGGGAACCAUACAUGAAAUUCAGUGAAAUGCAAUAAUCCUCAAACCAGGAAUCAUCAGUUUGCUAAUAAAAGAUGUAUGGCUCCAAGUCAUAUUUUUUCCAAGGUUCUGUGACAUUUUCAUUAAUCAUGUUGCCAGUGUUUACGGGAAUGCCCAUUUUGUUAUAAAACUUGGUGAUUGUUUAGAUUAUUAGACGAGGUAGCAUGAAUAUUAAGUCAGAUCACAUACUCUUAGAAUAACAUAUAAGUGAUUACGUAGAAUUGUGGGUGGAAACAAUUCAGGAUAAAAAGUACAUGACAGUUCAGAGCUCCUGUGCAGACUGCACGUCUGUCUGCAAUCACAUUUAAAAAGUGGCCCUGUCUCCAGCUGACUCGUUUUGUCAGACUGAGUCACAGGAUUAACCCUUGACAUGUUCCUUUAAAAAAAAAAAAAGGCAAAGAUUAAACAACUGCAUUCACCAGAGCAGUACUUGAUCCAUCUAUAUGCCUUUUUUUCCUGUAAUAUGAUUCUUCUUAAGGAAAAAAAAUGUGCUGCAGCUGUUACAUAGAUUAAAUUAGAAUUUUUUUCCCAAAAUAUUUUUGGGGAAGAGAAAAAACACUUCUAAAAGAUCAUUUGUAAUUGUGAUAAAGAAAAUGAUUGUCUACAUCAACCAGUUUUAGUUUCUUUGGGGUAAAGCCAGCUUAAAAAAAAAUGAUAUUUGGGAGUAACGGAAGACCUUGCUAUAGCAUAGAAGUAGAAUAUGGGAACACUUUAUUUAGAUUACCACCGUUUUCAUGAUGAUUUACUGUGUUCAAAAAAAAUCAUUUAAUGUCGUAUGUAUGUAGAUCUCUCUUUCUAAGUUUCUGCUUCCUAAAUUCUGCUUUUGAAUUUAGGCAGUAGCAUAUACCAAGUGAAUAUGUUGUAUAUUGGGGAAGAGGGAGCUGUUUUAAAUGCACCUGUAUGGAUUUUGUAUCUGUGUUUUUGAAAGCAGGAAUGAAAAAGAGAAGCAAAAGCUUUUAAUUACUCAACUCUCUUUAGAAACUAUUACAUUUCACAUUCAGGUUUCAGCUUUAGUAGCAAACUUCUCCAAUUGCUUAAUAAACUACUUUAGAAGAGUAAAAGAUUAUACUGUCUGGCUUUACUCUCAGUUUUCUUUUACCUGAAUAUUUGUUUAUUCUUUUCACAGUAUCAUAUAGUUGUAUCUAAAAUAAAGAACUGUUAAUGAAAUACUAAAAUUUUCAUUGUGUUUUAAUAGCUAAGAUUGCAUGGUUGGGUUCACAUGAUACUGUUUGUUUUUAUCAGACAAAAUAGUACUCUUUACUGGCAAAUUCCAGAGAAAUGAGCCUAACUACUAUAAGUGGAUUUUGUUGUUGUUGUUGUUGUUGUUGUUGUUGUUGUUGUUACCAACAUACAGAAGUUGUCUCAGGUUGGAGCAAUGAUUAUAGGAAGAAAAUGUUCAGGUAUUAUCAGUGUUUUGUGGCUUCCCUCUUUGCCCCAUUCCUCCUCAAUUUCUAUUCAAAAUUUGUUUUUAAAUUUUAAUCAUUAAGAGAAAGAAAGUUUUAUUUUAGAUAAUUGAUUUUCCUUUUUUUUUUUUUAAGAGUAGCUGUUCUGUUAGGGAAUGACUGUAUCUAUGAAAGAGUAAAAUUUACUUGAAUGGUUUUAAGACGUGGCAUUGUUAAUUGUAAAUCAAAGCUUUUUACACAGUUCUCUAAGGAUUGAAAUGAAGUCUUUGUGGCCUCUCAGGAGGGAGGAAGUUACAAACCACUCUGCAGACUGGCAUUUUAAUAGUCUGCUGUACAGUGAUGUUCUUUUGCAGCUGCUGCUUAGCCUUUUCCGUAUCUGGAGAAUGUGGGGAGGUUUUAUUGUUAUUCCGAUACCAUCAGCUUUUAAACAUUGUGAAGUUAGCUGGCCUUAUUGUCUGAUUUGGUUUUAUUACUAUAAUUUGAUCAAUAUGUUUCAUAAGAAUAGAUUUUGUUUGUUUUCAGAUUUUUUUACUGUCUGAUUGAAUAUUUCUGGAAUAUUUUUUAGAAGAGCUUUGCUUCAUGAAAGGUGCCUUUAAAAAAGGUGAUGUACUCCUUGUUUGCUCUCCUUUGAUUAGCAGUUUUGUUAGAACCUACAAGGCACAGAGAAAAGAGACAGUAUUACAAAGAGGUUUUGAUGGGAAGAAAAGAAAUGUUUCUCUUCUGUUUUUCCGGGUUAGAAUCCAGACAAAUCCAAAAGGCAAAUUGAAAAUUUUUUAAAUAACAAAAUAAUUUGUGGGAGAAACAUGUAUUUGCAAGCAGUGUCUAAAACCUUUUGACUUAUAAGUACAGUGAAUUGUUUAAGUCCUUAUAAGGGACUUUUAUUCCCAUACUGUUUAUUUUUUCUUUUUGAGAAAUUUGAGUAUUAACAUAAAAAUAUGAAUAUAUAAGCUAUUCUUUAAGAACAAUAAUGAACUUGGAGGAAAGACUUCCAAGAAGCCUUUUUUGUUUAUCAGCUAUAGUGCCUAUCUUGUGUGUUAUACACACCAGCCUCUCAUACUUUUAUAUAAGGAAAAACAAAACUUUGUGUUUUUUCUAUUUACUGAAUUGCUUUUACAUAUUAGAUGUUCUGGAAGAGUGCAGUCCAUUAUAAACUUCUUAAUUGGUGUUGUGAAUGAGGAAUUUAAGGAGAUUUAUAACUGAAAAUCUUUAUUAAAUAUGUCUGCUUUAACAAACAUUUAUUUUCAAGAUAUUUUUUAAGCUUUUAUACUGAACUUUUUCAUGAAAUGUGCUCCUUUCAAAACUUUUUUCAGUAUGAUUUUUAUAACUUAAAAAAAAAUCAUGGUUUUUUCUAGUUAGUUCAGAGGUACUUACAUGAUGGGUCUGCUUUCUCCAGGAAGUGAUUUUGUACAAGGCUUAACCGUCUAGAUCCUUCUUAUUAGACAUGAUUCAGUGUUUCCAAUUCCUGAUAGCUUGAUCAUGUGUUUAUCAAAGUUGGAAGCAACUUUGGAGCAGGCCAGAUGGUAAUGUUGCUAGAGAUGUAGCAAGCUAGGUUUCCCUGCCACCUGUAGUCUAAUUUAAUUAAAACUAAAAACAGAUUAACAGAUGUCAAUUUGCCUUUCUUUGAGAGAGAGAUGACAAAAUUAACAAUUUACUGGAAUAUUUAUCUCCAGGAACAGUAUCUAUUUUCAUUAUUUAGCAUUUGUAAGUGACUUGUAUUUUUUUAAUACCCCAAACUUUGUCUUAUUGGUAUCCUCCACCAAUGCAAGGUCUUGACAGAAAUUGAAAGAGGUUAUUACAGCAUAAACCCUCCCUCUGUGCUCUGUGAGUUGGUUCAGUCCUAUUUUGCAUAAGUUCCUUUUGAGUAGAUCCAUGUGUGGAUGCAUAGUGCUGAAGACUUAACUCUGUUUGGCUGUGUGGAUGUAUGUCUUGGAGAGAAGCUGUGUGCAUUAGCUGCAAACUAGCAUUUUCAAAAUCAACAUGUAUUGUGCUUACCCUGUCCCUGGAAUGGGCAGCAAUUCUUUGAUGUAUUACUACAAUGGGAAAACGGUAUAUGCACCAUCCCCAAGUUCAGAUGAUUUCAACCGUGAAUCUCCUAGUUAUCCAUCUCCCAAGCCACCAACCAGUAUGUUUGCUAGCACUUUCUUUAUGCAGGAUGGGACCCACAAUUCUUCUGACCUUUGGAGUUCAUCAAAUGGGAUGAGCCAGCCUGGUUUUGGUGGAAUUCUGGGGACCUCCACUUCCCACAUGUCUCAGUCCAGUAGUUACGGCAGCCUUCAUUCACAUGACCGCUUGAGCUAUCCUCCACACUCAGUCUCACCAACGGACAUAAACACGAGUCUCCCGCCAAUGUCUAGCUUCCAUCGUGGCAGUACCAGCAGUUCGCCAUACGUUGCUGCCUCACACACUCCUCCCAUCAAUGGAUCAGAUAGCAUUCUCGGAACCAGAGGGACUGCCGCUGGAAGUUCACAGACAGGUGAUGCACUUGGAAAGGCUUUGGCAUCUAUUUAUUCUCCUGACCAUACCAGCAGUAGUUUUCCAUCAAACCCAUCAACACCAGUUGGAUCACCCUCACCUCUCACAGGUACCAGUCAGUGGCCCAGACCUGGAGGGCAAGCUCCUUCAUCCCCCAGCUAUGAAAACUCGCUCCACUCCCUGAAAAAUCGAGUUGAGCAGCAACUUCACGAGCAUUUGCAAGAUGCAAUGUCCUUCUUAAAGGAUGUCUGUGAGCAAUCUCGAAUGGAGGAUCGUUUAGACAGACUGGAUGAUGCUAUCCAUGUGCUGCGGAACCAUGCCGUUGGACCGUCCACCAGUUUGCCUGCUGGUCACAAUGAUAUACACAGUUUAUUGGGACCAUCCCAUAAUGCACCAAUUGGAAGCCUCAAUUCAAACUAUGGUGGAUCAAGCCUUGUUACAAGCAGUCGAUCUGCUUCAAUGGUUGGAACUCAUCGAGAAGACUCUGUCAGUCUCAAUGGCAAUCAUUCAGUCCUGUCUAGUACAGUCACUGCUUCAAGCUCAGACUUGAACCACAAAACACAAGAAAAUUACAGAGGUGGCUUGCAAAGUCAGUCUGGAACUGUUGUUCCAGCAGAAAUCAAGACUGAAAACAAAGAGAAAGAUGAAAACCUACAUGAACCUCCUUCAUCAGAUGACAUGAAAUCAGAUGAUGAAUCCUCCCAAAAAGAUAUCAAGGUUUCAUCUAGAGGCAGAACAAGCAGUACUAAUGAAGAUGAGGAUUUGAACCCAGAACAGAAGAUAGAAAGGGAGAAGGAAAGGCGGAUGGCUAACAAUGCCAGAGAACGUUUACGUGUGCGGGAUAUUAAUGAGGCAUUCAAAGAGCUUGGUCGAAUGUGUCAGCUCCAUUUAAAGAGUGAAAAACCCCAAACAAAACUCCUUAUUCUUCAUCAGGCCGUGGCAGUCAUCCUUAGUCUAGAACAGCAAGUCAGAGAGAGGAACCUUAACCCCAAAGCAGCCUGCCUUAAGAGAAGGGAAGAAGAAAAAGUUUCUGCCGUAUCGGCAGAGCCGCCAACCACACUGCCAGGAACCCAUCCUGGGCUUAGUGAAACUACCAACCCUAUGGGUCAUAUGUAAACAUCAGCCAGUUCCAGAGUUAUCAGUAGGCUAGAUAGAAGGUGACCUCUCCUCAUAAGGACUUGGACAACUCAGAUUAUCUGAAGACACAAACCUGUUAGGAGGGAGAAGAAAAAACAAAACACUUGAAGCAAGAAACUCAAAUGUAAUCCUACGAUCAAAGCAACUGGUCAACACUUCCAUCAGAAGUGAAGAUAGGAAGCUCAUCAGAUAGAACGUCAGCCCAUGAAAUGUUUGCAGCAUGUCAUUUUGUUGCAAGCAGUGUGUCGCUUCUGCACAAUCAGAGACUGUCUCGUUCUCUCCACUCACCGUGGAAGUUGCCUUGUGCCUAAACUGAAUUGACAAAUGCAUUGUAACUACAAAUUUUAUUUAUUGUUAUGGAACUGUAAGGUCUACAUAUAAAGGGAAAAGUUAAUGUGGAAAGCUGAUCUAUACUCAGCUGAUGCCAGCAUUCGUUAAAGCUGUUCACGUGCAGAACAAAGCAGUGACAACCAUUGGCCCUUAGCAUUCCCGGCAUACCUAUUAGUGUCUUAAAAAGGAAGGGAAAAGUCUUUUGUUUGCCCUCUCCUAUCCUUUUGCCAUAUGAAUAGUGUUUUCCAUGAAAUAGGAAAAUAUUACUUGGUAUAGCAUUUCUCUCACUCUCAUUUUUUCAUUCAUUUUUAUUUUCUCUUUGUGGGUGUUAUAUUUGGUCUCUGAAUCUGAAUAGUUAAUGGUCACAAUCCAGAAUCCUCAUGUAGCCCUAUGUGCUUUGCAUAUUUACCUUACAAAAAUCAACAGAGACCAUCUGUGACCAUACCCUAGCUAAGAUUUUAAAGGGGGAAAUUUUGUCCCCUAGAUUUUCCCCAAAAUAAACAUUGCUUUAUUUCUAAUAAUAACCAAGACUUUUCAAGCUUCUAGGUUUCAUAGUAAAGCUUGUAAUAGCAAGAGUGUAAAUUACAAGGGAAGAAUCUACUUAGAAAUUGCUUUGUUUUCCAAGCAGUAAGUACUACAUAUAGUACUUGUAAAGUGUUAGCUGUAAGUAAGCACAAAAUGGAUUUAAAAUACAAAGAAGAUUUUCAGGCUGUGAUUAUGGUGACUGUAACAAAACCCAGUAGUCACCGAGGCAGGUAGUGUGAUAAAUGAACACAGCACUCUGAGGCUAAUUACCUAAUGGAAUACAAGAGCAAUGGUCACCCGUGUUUCCUUAUCCUCGCCUUUAUUUCUCUGUCACUUGGAUGGCUGGUCAAUGGGGAGGAAUUCAGUGGGUGAUUUAAUCAACUGCAAACCAUCUGCCCCUGUCCCAAGAAGAUGAGCCAGAUUAGCAGUAAACCAGUGCUUGUCGGUCCAUCUUAGCACAGUACAUUAAGGCACCCCUCUGUUUCUAAUCCUUCAGAGUUGUUUUUUAAGAUAUCAUAAUCACUUUGAACUUCCAUGAAAUCUGUCUUCCACCACAACAGCCCUGGGAGAGAAAAACAUGCUAAACAAGGUUGUCUUGGCUUAAUAAUUCCUUAUGGCCAAUAUCAACAAAGGCAGUCAGCACACAGAAGAAAGGACCCAAAUCACUAUGUAACUCAAAGAUUUCUGUUAAUUUGAAAGAACAAAAACAAUUAAGACAGGACUUCAGAUCCUCCAAUCAGGAUGAUUCCUAACAAAUCGGUCUUUUGUGAACUUAGUGGACUUUUUGGUUACUUUAAUUUGCAUAUAUUCUCCAAUUACAUCAGACUCUAUCUGUGGCCUUGUUCUUCAUUUCAGUGUUAAUCAGCUAAACAGAAGUCGUUGCUUAUGAUGUGUGAGUGAACAUACGCCACUGCCUGGCCUUUUUUUCUUCAGAGCUUGUUGUCUUUUUCGCUAUAUUAGACUUUGCAGUAUGCCCAGAAGCUUUCCUUCAUAAAAUAGAAAGAAAAAAACAUUUGGCUUAUUUUUCACUGUAGCUAGUCUUUUAUACAAUAAUCUUGUAAGAAAAUUUCUUGAAUUCUAAAUAUUACUCUUUCUAGAUUUUUGAAAUCGAAAAGUUUUCAGUAAAAAGUUUCUUACUUUAUUUUAUUAUAUUAGGUAGUAAAAAUGUAGGGUUAUUUACCAUAACCUGUUCAUUAAUAUCAGAAAUUUACAAUAGCAUUUUAAGACCAUAGUAGGAUUCUAGCAUACCGUGUAGUACCUAUGGAGUAUUGUAAGAGCUAAUUGUCCGAGAUGAAUUGCUUCUCAUCUUGUUCUCCAGUUUCCAUUGUUGGUUUAUUGCAGAUUUGUAUCCUGUGUCAAAUUCAAGGUAUUAUUGAUAAACCUUUUCAACCAGCAGCAAGAAGUUCAAAAUUUUUUCUGUCACUGUAACAGAAAACACAAUAUGUAUAUAACAUUUAUGUAGCAAUAAAUGUGCCAUCUUUUUUUUAACAUAGCAAACUAGUGAGUUUUUUACA